AUGUGGCCUCUUCUUGCCGAGAUGAUGGGCUGUCAGGGCAAGGUCAUGGUCGUGUUUGUGUCGCCGUUAUCAUGGGCAUCAUUCCGAAGCACGAGUGGGCGGACUAUGUCAACAAGUCCUUUGUGCAUCAGGAUUCCGCGCCUCCCACGAGAUGAUGUGCUUGCCCUCCUGGAUCAAGAUGCAGAAACCGCCCUCACGCACGUGCCUGAUGGAAUCGACUUUGGAUUGUAUCGCGUUGUAUGUCAAGUAUUCUACGACACUGUCAAAGACACUAUCCGCGACGAGUAUGAGAUACGGAUUCUCUAUACACAUUUAUGGCGUAAGCUAAUGAGUGUCGUGCAUGCGAAAGGUGUCAGGCCCAAUAUGCCAUCGCUCAUGCCACACAUCAGCGAGCUUUGUCGAGAUGCGCUGGCCCGCGUCGCGCCAAGACAUGUGGGGCCGUCGGCAUGGGCCUUGGACUCCAAUGUGACAAAACCUGAAAGUGCCUUGAUGGCAUUGCCGUCCCGCACAGGAUUUGGUGUCAUGCAAGCUUUUCUGCUCAUUUCUGCGUUCCUUGCCUCCUACAACCCCGCCAUUACCGAUGUUAAAUAUUUCGUUCGCGAGCUUAAAGUAUCGAGGAAGAGGCGACGCGGAAAGGCACAAAAGGCGGCACAAGAAGCACUCAUGGAAAUGGAAGGUAUGACAGAGAUCUUCGAUCGAACGCAAUUCUGGGGCCCUCGGCCUUUUACACUUGAGCGAGUCUUGGCCAUGUAUCAUGCGCUCCUUGCAGACUUUGAGCUAGAUCUUAACGAAGACGGCCUCUUGGCACCUGCCGAGCGUGCAGCACGAACGAGUGACAACAAAGCGGAGCUGAAUUUGGAGCACGUCGCUGGAGAGUUCUGGAGCCGUUCGUCGACGGCUCUAGCUGAGUUGAAUGAACUCGUGCGACAACAGCUGAUUGUGCGCAUUUCACCUGCCAACAAGCUUGGUGCGAUGCAAUACCGAGUAAAUGCAUCAUUCGAAUAUGUGUACCAAGUGGCUGUAGCAGUAGGUUUCCCUCUGAGAGUGUGGCUUUGGGACACGUACACUUAA